ACCACUUUCUCAAUCACUUUUUUCUUCAUCUUCUCUUUGCAAGAAAAUGGGUUCUGAAAGCAAGAGCUUCGACUUUUUCAAGGAGAUCGGGUUGGCUUCCUCCAAUAUUGGCUCUUAUGUUAAUGGCCAAUGGAAAGCCUCUGGUUCCUCUGUCACGUCUGUUAACCCUUCUAACAAUCAGACCAUAGCUGAAGUGACUGAAGCUACUUUGCAAGAUUAUGAGGAGGGUUUGCAAGCUUGCAGUGAAGCAGCAAAGACAUGGAUGACGAUUCCGGCACCAAAGAGGGGUGAGAUUGUGAGACAGAUUGGUGAAGCUUUGAGGGCCAAAUUGGAUCCUCUGGGUAGGCUGGUGUCUCUUGAGAUGGGAAAGAUUCUUGCAGAAGGAAUUGGGGAAGUUCAGGAAAUUAUUGAUAUGUGUGAUUACGCUGUUGGGCUAAGCCGACAAUUGAAUGGAUCAAUAAUACCAUCUGAACGUCCAGAUCACAUGAUGUUUGAGGUAUGGAACCCCCUAGGAAUAGUUGGUGUAAUCACCGCUUUCAACUUUCCAUGCGCGGUUCUAGGAUGGAAUGCUUGCAUUGCGUUGGUCUGUGGCAACUGUGUUGUGUGGAAGGGUGCUCCAACGACUCCUUUGAUAACUAUUGCUGUGACAAAGCUUGUAGCUGAAGUUCUUGAGAAGAACAACUUACCCGGUGCAAUUUUCACAUCUUUCUGUGGAGGUGCUGACAUUGGUCAGGCAAUAGCAAAAGACACACGCAUUCCCCUGGUUUCAUUUACUGGAAGUACAAAGGUUGGCUUGAUGGUCCAGCAAACAGUGAAUGAGAGAUUUGGCAAGUGCUUGCUUGAAUUAAGUGGAAACAAUGCAAUAAUAGUCAUGGAUGAUGCAGACAUUAAAUUGGCUGUUCGUUCUAUUUUGUUUGCUGCUGUGGGUACUGCUGGUCAGCGGUGUACAACCUGCCGGAGACUGUUUUUGCACGAGAGUAUUUACACAAAUGUACUAGAACAACUUGUUGGACUCUACAAACAAGUCAAGAUAGGGAACCCCUUGGAGAAGGGGACUCUAGUUGGGCCAUUGCAUACUCGUACUUCCGUGGAAAACUUUCAGAAGGGUAUUUCAGUCAUAAAAUCCCAGGCAUGGAAGAUCUUAACAGGUGGAUCUGUAUUAGAGUCAGAAGGAAAUUUUGUACAACCAACAAUUGUUGAGAUUUCUCCAGAUGCUCCUGUAGUUAAAGAAGAAUUGUUUGCUCCAGUUCUUUAUGUCAUGAAAUUUCAGACUCUGGAAGAAGCAAUUGCCUUGAACAAUUCUGUACCUCAAGGAUUAAGUAGUUCAAUCUUUACACAAAGACCUGGAACUAUAUUCAAAUGGAUCGGGCCACGAGGUAGUGAUUGUGGUAUAGUGAAUGCAAAUAUACCUACAAAUGGAGCUGAGAUUGGUGGUGCCUUUGGUGGGGAAAAGGCAACUGGUGGUGGUCGUGAAGCAGGAAGUGACUCAUGGAAGCAAUACAUGCGUCGUUCUACAUGUACCAUCAACUAUGGAAGUGAACUGCCGUUGGCUCAGGGAAUUAACUUUGGCUAGACAGCCACCCUUGUAACAUGAGGAUGAACAAAUGCAAUUUUGCAGCCAGAAGAGACAAGUUCUAUCACACAUGUUAGUCUGGUUGACUUUGGCUCAAAGUGUUGUUUGAACCUUGAACAUGACAGCUUCAAUGUAUUAGACUUAAAUAAAUGGCAAUUAAAUCUUAUUUCCAAAUAAAGUAUCUGACGUUUAAAUA